CGCCCGAAAUCUCCUUCGGUCUCCCCUUUCUUCUUCUUCUUCUUCUUCUUCUUCCCUGCUUACUCUGAAAUUGCUUUUGUUUCUCAACCUCUUAAUAAACCCUAAUUCCAUGUUCUAUCCCGAAUCUCUAUGCCCAGGAGUAGAAGAGAGAGAAAACUUUCUCUUUUGGAUUUAGAAACCCUAAAUUCGUCGACUUUACGGAAUCUUAUUCAGUUAAUUCUCAGCAAGGGAGCUCGUUUACCGGCUCGCUGAGUUGUUACUUUCGGAGAUCAGUAGAAUUUGGCGUUAUCGCAUUGGGAUAUCAAAAUUUUGAGCUGGGCAAAGCCCAAGGCAUCAGAUAUUGCUGCUGAAAGCAGGCUUGGAAUGCAGAAUCAUGAUGUUGAUUUCAUUCCAAUUGUCCGCUCUGGAGCAUGUGCUGACAUUGGGUUCCGAACAACCAUGGAAGAUGUAUACCUAUGCGUUGACAAUUUUAUGCAUCAUUAUGGGCUCAAGAAUUUUACUAAUGGGCCAAGUGCCUUUUAUGGGGUUUUUGAUGGACAUGGUGGGAAGCAUGCUGCUGAUUUUGUUUGCUCCCAUUUGCCAAGGUUCAUUGUUGAAAAUGAAGACUUUCCAGUGGAGAUUGAGAGAGUUGUUGCUUCAGCAUUUCAGCAAACAGAUACUGCUUUUGCAGAAGCUUGUCAGCUGGAUGCGGCCCUUGCUUCAGGGACCACUGUUUUGGCAGCCCUUGUUGUUGGGAGAUUGCUAGUGGUGGCUAAUGCUGGAGACUGUCGAGCGGUACUGUGUCGCCGUGGCAAAGCAAUUGAAAUGUCUAGGGAUCAUAAACCUAAUUGUAACCAAGAGAGGGAGCGCAUUGAGGCAUCCGGAGGUUAUGUUAAUGAUGGUUACCUUAAUGGACAACUCAACGUGGCUCGUGCUUUAGGAGAUUGGCAUAUGGAAGGACUGAAACGUGUGGGUGGUGGGCCACUAAGUGCUGAACCUGAACUCAUGACCAGAAAACUAACAGAGGAGGAUGAGUUCCUGAUCAUAGGAUGUGAUGGUCUCUGGGAUGUGUUUCGAAGCGAAAAUGCAGUGAAUUUUGCACGGCGGAGGCUUCAAGAGCACAAUGAUCCAGUCAUGUGUAGCAAGGAUCUCGUUGAUGAGGCUUUGAAGAGGAGGAGUGGAGAUAAUUUAUCAGUUGUAGUUGUUUGCUUCCAACCCCAAGCACCCCCUAAUUUGGUUGCUCCACGUUCAAGAGUUCAUAGGAGCUUUUCUGCGGAGGGAUUGAGAGAGCUGCAGAGCUUCUUGGAUGGUGUUGGAAAUUGAGAUAAUGACGAAUGGGUACUCUUUUUCUAUUCUUCCGUACAUUUUCCUUCCAAAUUCCAAUUCAAUAGUUUCAUUGUAGUCUUAGAUGGAGGAUUUGAGAUCCAACUGUAACAUAUGCGGCGGUGGCAUGUUGGAAACAUAAAAUUCCUUUCUUGUAGAAGUUUAAUUUGCCUGCUGUACCAUUCUUUGGGGCACUUGUUGAAUUUAUUACUUAUUCCAUGACUCUUAUUACUUAGAUU